UGAUUGUUUUUCAUUUGGAGGUAACCUAUGAAAAAGUUGCCGUUAGAUAGUAAAAUAUAAAUAUAAUUGAAUUAAGUUUAUUAAGGGAUAUAUAAUGUCGGAAUCAGAAAAUAAUGAUACUGUAGAACAGUCAUCUAAACAUGAGCUUAUUCCAAAGAAGAGAAUUCGUCACCGUAAAAAGCAGUUGUACGAAAACAUUUUGAAACAAAUGGAGUUUUAUUUUAGCGAUGCAAAUCUGAGUAAGGAUAGAUAUUUAGGUGAUCUAGUUGCUGCAGAUCCUUAUGUGCCUCUAACAGAAUUUUUAAAGUUUAAUAAGCUUCGUUCUAUGACUCAAGAAGUAAGUGAUAUCGUAAAAGCUAUGAAAUAUUCCACAUUUUUGGAAUUAUCAGAAGAUAAGCUGAAGGUGAAAAGAAAAACACCUAUGGUUCCAUAUGAUGCAGAUCUCCGAACUGUUUACGUAGAAUCUAUUCCAGUGACAGCCAGUCGGGAUUGGUUGGAACGUGUGUUUUCUGAUUACGGAAAAGUAGCAUACAUAUCUCUGCCCAAGUUUAAAAAUUCAAAUAAGAUAAAAGGCUUUGGAUUUAUAGAAUUUGCAAGGCCUCAAGAUGCACAGAAGUGCAUAAAAGCCUUCACAGAAAUGGGGUGCAAGCUACCAACUUGCAUGCCCCCCGAUGAACUAUCAUCUAUCAAAAUGUUUGCGGCUGAGGAAAAGGACAUAGAGGAAGUGGGGGUGAAGGAAUAUGAACCGCCAAAGAAGAAAUCCAAGAAGAGUAAGGAAAAGAAAGUUAAUAAAGGUCUCGAUUUGAAAUUGGGCUCUGAGUCUGACUGUGAGAGAAGAAUUGAUACACCAACUGAUGAAAUUAAUGCAUCAGUGCCAGCCACUCCGGAUGUCAGUACACCUGACGUAGAAACACCAACUGAGGAAAGUAAAAGCAUAGAAAAAGAAUGCAAAGAUGAAUUAACUAGUCACGACGAAAGCAAAACUGGCGAUGAAACGCCGAGGAAGAAAAAGGCUAAAAAGCGUUCUUUAAAGGAGAAGGGGAAAAAGAACAAUCUUGAUAAAGGUGAAGCUCCCAAAGGGGCUCUUUGGGGCUUACAAGUGCUUGCUAAGUCAGAAUGGAAAAUAUUAAGGAAUAAAUAUUUGAAUCUACAAAGGAAAUAUAUGAAAGAACUCAAGCAGAAUUGGCAGGAAAAACGGAAGUAUACUGGUAUACCGGCACCAGCAGCACCCUCUGUUGAAGUUGAAAAUGCAAGUGGUGUACAAGAAAUGGACCGAACAAAAUCAUUAUUGGAGAAGAUUCCAGGUGUAUUUGUGAAAGAGUCAUUGCCAGAGCCCUGUUUGGAUGUUAAGCUUACUAAACGCACGAUACGAACAAAUAUUCACGUACAACAUGUAGAAGUGAAGGAGGGUCAAACCGAGGCUGUUAUAAGGUUUAAUUCGGCUAAAGCAGCCAAUGAGUAUUGUGCGAAUUCUGGGAACCGAGCACGUGUUUUACUCGGCGCAGAGGAAGAUGAGCAAUGGACACGCGCGGAGAAUGCACUAUCUGCGAAGAGAACUCGUGGCCGCGCUAAACUUUUGGCGCGAACACACGCGCUGUCAAGCACGCCGGCCAUCGCGCCGGCAUCGCCACAGCCCACACAUACUCAUAUUCGUUUUGAUGAAUAAAUACUUCUAGUU